AUGCAAAUCCAGAUGAUCCUGAGGCAGCUGAAGCCCGACACAGAUUCAGCUGAUCCUCAUCCGGGUCCAGCCAUCUGUGAGAUAACGGCUCUGCAGAAUCCAACUGAUCUUCAGCUUGAUCCAUCUGUCCUUGAGAUAACACCUCUGCAGAAUCCAACUGAUGUUCAGCCGGAUCCAGCUGCCCAUGAGAUAAUGCCUCUGCAGGAUCCAACUGAUGUUCAGCCGGAUCCAGUCGCUGAGCCAACAGCUCUGCAGGAUCCGAAUGAUCUUCAGCUGGAUCCAUCCGUCCAUGACCCCACGGCUCUGCAGGAUCCAACUGAUCCUCCAGAAGAUCCGCAGCUUGUUCCAUUUUCUGAGCUUUAUGAAGUGGGAGAGGAGAUUGGAGAAGGAGGCUUCGGCACUGUCUGUGAGGGGAUUUCGAAAUUCAAACGCGAGCAGGUCGCCAUCAAAUUUAUCCCUAAGAGUGCAGCAGACCGGUAUAUUGCAAUUCCUGGGUGUUCCAAGCCACUGUUUGCAGAAGUGGCUCUAAACCUGCUGCUGAAUGAGCCUCCGAUAAGCCCCUACGUUGUCCACAUGCUGGACUGGUUUGAUGAGAAAGAUCAGUACAUCCUCAUCCUAGAGUAUCCGCAACCCUGCAAAGACUUGCUCAAAUUCGUUGUUAGCAAUGGACUGCGGAUGAAUGAAUCACAGGCACGUGACCUGAUAUACCAAGCAGUGCUCGGAGCCAAACACUGUUUUGACAAAGGCGUCUUCCACCGUGACAUUAAGUUGAAUAACUUUCUGAUCAACACAAUGACGAACCAAGUCAAAAUGAUCGACUUUGGCUGCGGUGACCUCAUCAAAAGUGGUUACUUGGGUGAAUUUGAAGGAGGAUGUCAACCACCUGAGUACUACGUGGACUUAAAAUAUGAGGCAGAGCCAACAACAGUCUGGUCUCUGGGCGUUAUGAUGUACAGAGUGAUGUGCAAAUGUCAGCCCUUCAAAAGUUUAGGCGACAUGAAUUAUGGCAUUCUGAGGUUUAACUCCAGAAUAUCCAGAGCAUGCCAGGAUUUGAUAAGCCGGUGCCUGACUCGUGAACCAACUGAGAGAGCAACUAUAGAGGAGAUUUUACAGCAUGAAUGGUUUCAGCAGGGACAAAUGUCACGAGUAGCUCAGGAGUCAGGUAGUGUAAGUUAGGAGGGAACAUAGGGGGCUUUCACACUGGGCAUGUUUGCUUCAGUCCGAAUCUGAGUGCAUUUGUUCCCGGAUUGGACUGGUUUCAUACACACUUGAUUGUAUCGAAACCCAAUGCAUUCACGUUCUUCUUGCGUCAUUGUGGCGGGCAGGAUGAGGCCGAGCUGUGAGAACGGGGCAAGGCCGGUGGCGCGAGUGCUAAUGAGUGUCACCUGCGCACCGCACCGGUCUCGUAUCUCACAGAGGAGCUCGGAAGGAUAAAAGGAGGAGCGAUGACAGUGAAGGACGAGAGAGGACUAGGCCUGGACAAUUUAUGUUAUGUUUUGUUUAUGUGUGUGUGGCAGUCGUCCAUGAGGGGCUGCCGCUUUUAUUUUAGUUUUGUGUUUGUUUAUUUUAUAUAAUUAAGAUUGCGCUGAACAUUUGCCGGUUCCCACCUUCUUCUUCCCUGAACACUAACCGUGCUACAUUGGUGCUGAAACCCGGGAGGAAGGAGGGACACACUGUCAGAGAGUCCUCUCUGCUGAGGGGAAUCACGGUGCUGAGGAGAUCGGGCAGCACAAAGGAGCAGUGAGCGCCAGUGGCUGCCCGAGGCGGUUGGUGCUGGAGCGAUGGAAGACCCGGUGGGACGGAGAGCUCGCUGCCAUGCUCCUGGGUUGAGGGGGGGUAGCUGCCCUCCGAGAGGGAGCAGAGGAGUUGCUCAUGUUUGCCUGCUUCCCGGAGCCUGCUGCCGUCCGCCAUGAUGGGGAGGAGCAGAGAACGGGGGACUCGCUGCCGGCUGCCAUCAACAGGAGGAGCCAUCGCUGUCCGCCAGGAGGUGGAGGAGGAUCGAGCCGUCCACCAAGGAGCAUCCAGUACCAUCGCAUGUCACCGCGGGUGAGAGCCUCUCAGCUGGUUGAGGACCAAGUGUCAGUGUGUCUGGGAACCGGAUCAAGAAUUUUUUUUCCUCUCUCGUCUCUCUCGCUCCUCAUCCAUCCAUCUCCU